UAAUUAACCUCCGUCCCUAAAUAUAAGACACUCUUUACAUUUUUCUUUAUCCGUUUUUGUAAGACCCUUUUCAUAUUUUCAAGGGCAUUAAUUAUUUCUUUACCGGCAUACCCCUAAUUAAAGUGCAUACUUUAGAAAAACAAUAACUCAUUCUCUUCCUUCAAGAAUAAAAUCGUAAAAACAAUACCAAUUGUCAACAAAUUUAAUGCUACAAUCCACUUUCUUAAUCUCCGCAAUUUUUUCAAUGAGGUCUUAUAAUUAGGGUCAAAGAUAGUACUACUCCGUCCCAAAAUAUAAGUAAAAGGAGGUCAACAAAAGUGAAUGUAUAUGGACUAAAUUUUAAACCAAAUACAUCAACUUUUAUUGACCAAUUUUUGCUUAUAUUUUGGGACGGAGGGAGUAUAUACAAAGAGAAUAUAAACUUUUGGUAUAACUCUUUCUUUUAAUUUAACUCUUCAUUUAAACUAUUUUGUUUACGGUUUAAAGCAUGUAUCAUAUUUCAAAUUUCAGUAGUUAGAUAAGCGGUUUUUAUAAGUUAGGCUUAUCACAAAUAACAAUAGAAAUACUAGAAAAUACCAUAAUUAUAUAUGAUGCAGAUUUCUUAAUGUGUCUAUUACUUAGAAAUACUGGAUUCUAUCCCUUUCAAGCAAAAUUAGUUAAGCUCAUGUUUAUAAAGCAAUUGCCCUGAAUUAGUAAUAGAUUUAUUUUGACCAUAAAAAGCUUUUAGUUAAUUAUUCUAAUUAAUAAUUAUAAGAGCAGCCAAAAAAAAUUAUCAACACAAUUCAUUCUCUAGAAAAGGCCAAGUCAAAUCAUAUAUCCACUGAUGAUUUUAACAUCUUUUGGAAAGUCAAAAUUAAAGAAACAAUAUAAUAAUAAGGUGGCAGCAUUUGAGCCUCUCCUCUGUUUGCUUUUUGCCUGGAACAUAGCAGACCCUUCAUGAAUGAAAGAUAAGACAAAAGAACAAAAAUCAUACUCAGAAAAUUCCAAAUUGAAGGCACCAGAAGUUUCUAAUAUUUCUGAUAUUUCUCUCUUUUUAAACUAACUCAGCUCCUUCCCUCAGAAUCAAUUUUUGCACACUCAUCAAGCAACUUCAGAAAAAGUGUACUUAAAAAGCCAUAUUCAAAACCUUAAAGUAUAACACUCCAUAUUCAAAUAAGGUUAACAAUUAUGUCUUCAACUCUAUCUCUCUCAGUCUCUCCCACUUUGAUCUUAAAGCCUCAAAAUCUUUCCAAAGACACCAACCUUACAAAAUCCAACACCAAAGAAACACAAUCUCCACAAACUUUGUUAGACACCACCAAACUCACAAAAAGGAAGGUAUUGACAUCAAGUGUGAUUGGAUUGAUCCCAGCAUGUGUUGCUAAGCCUACAAGAGCUGAGCCUGAAAGUCCAAAUGCUUCAACCUCAAGUAGAAUCUCAUACACAAGAUUCUUGCAGUACUUAGAUGAAGGUGUUGUUAAGAAAGUGGACUUAUUAGAGAAUGGAACAGUAGCUAUUGCUGAGAUAUAUAAUCAAACUUUGGAUAAAAUCCAAAGGGUUAAAAUUCAGUUACCAGGGUUGCCUAAAGAGUUGGUUAGGAAAAUGGAAGAUAAAAAUGUUGACUUUGGUGUUUAUCCUAUGGAUGCAAAUUGGGGAGAUGCAAUACUUGAUCUUUUAGGAAACUUGGCAUUUCCUUUGAUAUUGCUUGGUAGUUUACUCCUUAGGUCAUCUAGAAAUAAUCCUGUUGAUGGACCUAACUUGCCCUUUGGAUUAGGAAGGAACAAGGCAAAAUUUCAGAUGGAACCAAACACAGGAGUGACAUUUGAGGAUGUAGCUGGAGUAGAUGAAGCAAAGCAAGAUUUCCAAGAGAUAGUUGAGUUCUUACAAACCCCUGAGAAAUUUUCAUCACUCGGAGCGAAAAUUCCAAAAGGAGUUCUUUUAGUAGGUCCACCAGGGACAGGAAAGACACUACUAGCAAAAGCAAUUGCAGGAGAAGCAAAAGUUCCAUUCUUUUCACUAUCAGGUUCAGAAUUCAUUGAGAUGUUUGUUGGUGUUGGUGCUUCAAGAGUAAGAGAUUUGUUUAACAAGGCCAAAGAAAAUUCACCUUGUUUGAUAUUUAUUGAUGAGAUUGAUGCUGUUGGAAGACAGAGAGGUACAGGUAUUGGUGGAGGGAAUGAUGAAAGAGAACAAACAUUGAAUCAGUUGUUGACUGAAAUGGAUGGUUUUAGUGGUAAUACUGGUGUUAUUGUUAUUGCUGCUACUAAUAGACCUGAAAUUCUUGAUUCUGCAUUGCUUAGACCUGGAAGGUUUGAUAGACAGGUAACUGUUGGAUUACCAGAUAUUAGAGGGAGGAAAGAAAUAUUGAAAGUUCAUAGUAACAACAAGAAGCUUGACAAGGGUAUCUCACUUAGUGUCAUUGCCAUGAGAACUCCUGGAUUCAGCGGUGCGGACCUCGCAAACCUUAUGAAUGAAGCUGCCAUUCUAGCCGGUCGAAGGCGAAAAGAGAAGAUCACAAUGAAAGAAAUCGAUGACUCCAUAGAUCGCAUUGUUGCUGGCAUGGAAGGAACCAAGAUGACGGAUGGCAAGAGCAAAAUUUUGGUGGCUUACCAUGAAGUUGGACAUGCUAUUUGUGCGACACUGACUCCAGGACAUGAUCCAGUACAAAAGGUCACUUUAGUUCCUAGAGGCCAAGCUAGGGGCUUAACUUGGUUCAUACCAAGUGAAGAUCCUUCACUUAUCUCCAAGAAUCAAUUAUUUGCAAGAAUAGUUGGAGGCUUAGGAGGUAGAGCAGCAGAAGAAGUCAUAUUUGGUGAAACUGAGAUAACCACUGGAGCUGCCGGGGAUUUGCAACAAAUUACACAAAUAGCAAGACAGAUGGUAACAAUGUAUGGCAUGUCUGAGAUUGGACCAUGGACAUUAACUGAUCCUACAACUCAAAGUAGUGAUGUAGUCCUAAGGAUGUUGGCAAGGAACUCAAUGUCUGAGAAACUUGCAGAGGACAUUGAUAACUCAGUGAGACAUAUAAUUGAGAAAGCAUAUCAAGUUGCAAAGAAUCACAUAAGGAAUAAUCGCGAUGCUAUUGAUAAAUUAGUUGAUGUGUUACUUGAGAAAGAGACACUUAGUGGAGAUGAAUUUAGAGUAAUCUUAUCUGAAUUUACAGAUAUUUCUUCAAUUAAGAUAGAUAGAACCUCUGUUAGGGAAAUGAUUGAAGCAUAAGAAAGAUCAUAGCUAUGUAAUGUGGCAGGGUAGAGUUGUACAUGAGUUGAUCAUAGUCUAGAGAGUAUAGUAUUAACAUUUUUCAUUUGUA